AUGGAGACCAACGGAAAGGUGAUCACAUGUCGGGCUGCAGUGGCCUGGGAGGCAGGGAAACCUCUGGUCCUAGAGGAGAUCCACGUGUUACCCCCUAAAGCUGGGGAGGUGCGCUUAAAGGUGCUGGCUACAGGCAUCUGCCACACGGACUCUUACACCCUGAGCGGCUCGGACCCCGAGGGGGUGUUCCCUGUGGUCCUGGGACAUGAGGGGGCAGGCACCGUGGAGAGUGUGGGAGAGGGGGUCACCAAGUUUCAGCCAGGUGACACUGUUAUACCUCUGUACGUGCCUCAAUGCGGUGAAUGCAAGUUUUGUAUCAACCCCAAAACCAACUUGUGCCAAAAGAUUAGACUGACUCAGGGCCGAGGCGUCAUGCCCGAUGGUACCUCUCGUUUCUCCUGUAAAGGCAAAAGUCUCUUCCACUUCAUGGGCUGCAGCACAUUCUCUGAGUACACUGUGGUGGCUGACAUCUCUCUGGCCAAAGUGGACCCCAAGGCUCCGCUGGACAGAGUGUGUCUGCUGGGCUGUGGCAUCACCACCGGCUACGGAGCAGCUCUCAACACGGCCAAAGUGGAACACGGGUCUACAUGUGCUGUGUUUGGUCUAGGAGCACUGGGCCUUGCUGCUAUAAUGGGUUGUAAAACAGCAGGUGCUAGCAGGAUCAUUGGAGUAGACAUCAAUUCUGACAAGUUUAAAGUCGCUAAGGAGUUUGGUGCCACUGAUGUAGUGAAUCCCAAAGACCACAGCAAGCCCAUCCAGGAAGUGCUGGUGGAGAUGACCGAUGGAGGCGUGGACUACUCCUUUGAAUGUGUGGGGAAUGUGAGCAUUAUGAGAGCAGCACUCGAAGCCUGUCACAAAGGCUGGGGUACAAGCGUCAUCAUCGGAGUGGCAGCAGCUGGACAAGAGAUCUCCACACGCCCUUUUCAGCUGGUGACUGGGCGAACGUGGAAAGGAACAGCCUUUGGAGGAUUCAAGAGCGUGGACAGCGUUCCCAAACUGGUGGAAGCCUAUAUGCAGAAAAAGCUCAAAGUGGAUGAGUUUGUUAGUGACACGCUGCCCUUCGAGAAGAUUACAGAGGGAUUUGAUCUCAUGCACGCAGGCAAAUGCAUUCGAGUCGUCCUUCGGUUCUGA